AUGGAAGAGCCCGUGCAGAUUCUGGAUGCCGAGAAUCCGAAUUUCGAGAAACAGGCCGGGAAUAUCAAGGUCCUUUUUUUGUUAACGUAAAUACUUCUUUUUAAAAAGAUCCCUUUGAAAAAUUUUUUUAUAGAAAUUCGAUGGUGAAAUGGGUUUUUUUCAGAAAAAUUUUUCUGAAUUUUGCCUUUUUUUCGAGAUUUUUUUCAACAAAUUUCGUCACUUUAACUUGAAUUUUUUUGCUCUGAAUCAUUUUUGAAACUCUAGAAACUUCAUUUUUAGUUCUUGAAAUCAAAAUUUUUCAAACCUUGGUUCAUAUUUUUGCAAUUUAUCGGGAAAUUUGAAAAUUAAGAGACUUUUUUUUUUGAAACUAAACUUUGAAAAUCGGCUGUUCAUUAUUUUUGGACUUUUUUGGCGUUUUUCCGUAAAGUGUGGUGUGUCGUGUGCAUACACUGCGGCGCUCUGGCACACGUCAUUUGUUUUUAAAAAAAUAAACAGGAAAUUCGCUUUUUUUAAAAAGAGGAAUUUAGUCUAUUCAGAUUUUGAAUGUCAAGUUGUCACUCAAGCUCCGCCCCCUAAUGGCGCGAUAAACCAAUCAGAGAGCGAGCUAUCCACAGAGUGUUUUUAAAUGACGUCAUUGCACUUGACAUUAAAAAUCUGAACAGACUUUAGAUUCGUCUCGGGACCCAUUGAUGCGUCAUUUAUAUUCCCUGUUGCUUAAGUUUUUUUUUAAUGACGUCACAUGGGAACGGCGGAGGUUUUGACCACGCCCCCUUAAUUUUUGGUUUUGCAUUUUCUUCCACUAACAAAAACGCCGUGUGGAUGAAUCUAAUUUUUUUAGAAUUCAUUCGAAGAAAAGGAAUGGGUUCAUAUUUUAUUUUUCUGCAGAAAUGAAAAUAAGCGUCAGAGAACGAAAAAGACAUUUUUUUAAGUUUUAGAGAGUCAGAGAUGAUUUUGAAGUUUGCUAUAGUCUGUUCAGAUUUUAAAUGUCAAGUCCUCGCUCAAGCUCCGCCCCCUAAUGGCGCGAUAAACCAAUCAGAGAGCGAGCCAUCUACAGAGCGUUUUCGAAUGACGUCAUUCUACUUGACAUUCAAAAUCUGAACAGACUAUAAAAUUAUUUCGACCACGGCGAAGGAAAAAGAUAUCGUUUUAAAAUAUAUUUUACGGUUACUUUCAUCUUUUUUAGAAAUUGUAAAAAUCGCUAUAGCUGACUCACAUCUGACUUGAGCCAUCGAAAGAAGGGUCCUGACACGAUAAUGGACGAGAUAGCGCCUGGCUCGUGGAGAGCGCAGACAGGACACGCCCCCUUACCGUCCCAAUCUAGCCGUGAAUCAGUUAUAGCUGUUUGUAUUAACAUUUGAUGUUUGGCCGGGCAAAAGUGUGAAUAGAGAUUACAAUGUUUGCCCGAAAUGUUAGCUUUACAAGAAGGUAGGAAGCAGAAAUCGUUGGUUUCUGUUACGAAAAAUAAAUUGAGGGACUGAAAACUUGUAUGAAAAUGUAGAAGAAACUUCAAAAAAAAAGUAAAAAUCAGUCGCAAAAUAUAGAAAUUUUCAUAAACCUUUAGAGAUUCGAAAUCAAGUAAACUUUCCAAGAAAACACAGAAAAAUUUAAUUUUAAUGAUUUCAAACAUAUUUAGACGAAAAAAUGCUCUUUCUUGUCCAAAUUUUCUUAUAGUCUGUUCAAAAAAACUUUAUCUGGUACUUUUUAAAGGAGCAUGUAAAAAUUUUCAAAAAGGUCUCGAGGCGAAUACCCAUUUUCAAAAGUCUAUUAGGGUCUCUGCCCCUUCCAUGACACUCCAGCAAGAACUUUCACUAUUUCCAGAACCCCGAAACCCGAAAAAAGUCGGUACAUCUGGCCAAGCUAAGGCAAUGGCUCAAAUACGACGCCGACUGUGCUUUUUUGACUUCGAUCGAACUUCAAAUCAAAAUUGACCAGGGGAGAUGUGCGCCGUUGAGGAGCACUACUGUGUGGGUGUGAAAUGAUUUUUAAUGAAGGAAAAUGGUCGCGUUUGGAAUGGCUCGAAGCGUUGCGGACGCGCUGCGGUUCCAUUUUAAGCUUAUAUCUCUAUUUCCAAUGCUCCCACGCGAAAGUCGCUUCUGGUCCGGUGCACCUAGCCAUUCUCCAUGUGACAGAUUUUUCGAGGGGUUGACCUGAAGACGGUCGCGUUUGGAAUGGCUCAAAGCGUUGCGGACCCGCUGCGGUUCAAAUUUGAACUUCCAACUCGAUUUUUGAUGCUCAUACGCGAAAGUCGCUUCCAGUCUGGUGAAUCUAGCCAUUCUUCAUGUGGUCAGAUUUUUGAUUGAUCAAUAACUGGUCGCAUUUGAAAUGGCUCAAAGCGUUGUGUUUCAAUUUUAAGCUUACGUCCCGUUUCUCAACGGGAAUGCGCGUAAGUCGCUUUUGGUCCGGUGCACCUGGCCAAUCUUCAUGCGACCAUCUUUUCUCGAAAAGCUUUGUCAAAUUUAAAAUUUGAUCGCAUUUGGAAUGGCUCGAAGCGUUGCGAAAGGGUUGCGGUUUAACUUUGAGCUUCUAACCCGUUUCUCAACGGAGAUGCGAGUAAGUCGCUUUUGGUCCGGUGCACAGAGCCAUUCUCCAUACGACCAGCCUUUCCAAUGUAUUGACCUGAAGAUGGUCGCGUUUGGAAUGGCUCGAAGCGUUGCGGACACGCUGCGGUUCAAUUUGAAGCAUCUACCCCGAUUUCCAAUGCUGUCGCGCGAAAGUCGCUUUAGGUCCGGUGCAUAGAGCUAUUCUCCAUGCGACCAGCCUUUCCAGUGGAUUGACCUGAAGAUGGUCGCGUUUGGAAUGGCUCAAAGCAAACCCUGGACAUAUUCCAGAAAGACCACGACCACCAAGAAACAGUCAUUCCUGAGAAGUUUAUUCAAAACGAGGAAACGGAAGAAAAUCGUCAAAAAGGAGGGAUUUUUCUCACAUGAUCGUAAAGAAAAAGUGUUCCGGUCCGUUGUUGGUAAGGGCUUUUUUGGUUUGGUCAUGUGUGCUCCAAUGAUAAAAACCUCCGAUGAGCGUCAAAAAUUGAUCAAAAACCUUGAAGAAAAAAUUCAUGUCGUGUAUUUUUGGUUUUUCUAUCAUUUUUCGCUCUAAGAUUGCAGCUUCUCACUAUUUUUCAUUAUAGUCGAUUCAUGACUAUCUUGAGAACCCAAGGGGCGUGGCCUGUCUGCGCUCUCCUUAAACCGCUCAUUGUCUCUUCUUUUUUAAAUCGUGUCAGAACUUUUUUAUGCCUCAAUCUAUCUAUAUAUUUCUUUGAAUUUUAAUCUCUUGCAGGUGAUAAUAAUAUCCGAUAUAUCAACGUGGAAGCGUUUGAUGAGGAAAUUGAUGUGAUUGAUGGAUCCAUGAUAACACUUACUUGUGAUUUGAACAGCAGGAAAUGGGAUCGAACUGAGGGAUCGGCGAGUUUUUUGCAAUUUUCUUCAAAAAAACUUUUUGUUGAGUUUCUCAAGUUAAGAAGGAUAUUCAUAAAGUGAAGAAAAAAAUUAAAAAUAUGAAGAAAAAGUUUCAAAGAGAGAUAACAAAGCUUCCAAACAAAAAUUUCAAUAUAAAUCGUAGAUUACGUAUUUUUCUUACUGGGAUUAAAUAAUAGCCAUCUAAGCCAUUCCAAAUGCGGUCAUAAGAAGCGAAUGAAGGGUUUCCUGAACUUGUCAAUUUUUUUAAAACUGUAUUUUUUUCUGUAACUUGUCACGUUAAUGGAAAAAAAUUCGAAACCAAAAAAACGGUGGGCGGAGCCAAAGUAUCCGCUGUUCCCACGUGACGUCAUGGGAACAGCAGAGACUUUGGCUCUAAAAGCGUAUAUAAUAAGGCAUAUUAAAGGCGCAGACCGUCGUAUUCACAGAGAACUUUGAGACGAAUCGAAAUUUCUCUACAAAAACGCAAUUUUCUGCGCGUAAGCGGCGCAGUGCAUGCACACGACACACGACACUUUACGGAGAAAAAGUGGGCGUCGUCGAAAAAACGCCGUGUUGUACGAAUUACUUAGGAAAACGGAAAAUACUGAGUCUUCAGAAAAAAAAAAUGAAAACAAAAAAAAAACGCAACGCGUCGAGCCAUUCUCAGUGGGAAAGGAUGAAUAAAAUAGAUUUUUACUAGGUUUUUUUUCUUGGAAUUUUUCAUCUUAUUUUCUCUUUCUCUGUGAGAUCAAAGUUCUAAGCAAAAACAGAAAUAUUCAAGUUUUCAAGAAAUUAGUCAGAUUAAUCAGCCAAUUUAAGACGGAAGAAGUCGUUUGGUACGUCAAUAAUAACGAGAUGCAAAUGCGGUGGUUCGAUUGGAGAGUCACGAUGAGUGAAGAUGGCAAAUUGGGUGAUUUAUCAAUCAAUUAAUGAACUUGAAAUUUUCAAGUUUCUCAGGACUCUGGCCGAUCCGAAUGGACGAUUCGGGUCAUUUCGAAUGUUAUGUCAAUGGUAGGCUUCAAGCGGCGGUUAAUAUCAAUGUGAUCACCAUGACUGUUCGUUUUUUAUCACUUUUCUAUAUUUCGACACACGUUCUCCGAGAGGAUCGAUGAACGGCGUAACAGUAUAUAGCCCGUUCACGGCUGGCUUGGGACAGCGAAGGGGCGGUUUAAUUUUCGCGGCGAAGGUAGAUCAUGGUGGUCAUACAUGCGCCUUUAAUAAGCGCCUCAUUUGGUGAAUUUUUUCCGUUUCUAUUGACUUUAGUUUUUGUUUACAUUUAUCUCAUCGGUUUUUAGGUUCUCUUAUACAAAAUAAAAAGGAUAAGUCAUAAAAUUGGGCUUUUAUGGAAGGCGCAUGGAUAGUCGCCAUGAUCUACCUUCGCCGCGAAAAUUAAAUCGUCCGUUCGCUGUCCCAAGCCAGCCGUGAACGGGCUAUAAUACCAAAUUUUAGGCUCAUUUUUUUAUACAAUGAAUAGAAAAUGGACAUUGAAACUUGGCGAAAACUGGUCCAUUUAAAAACAUUUUGACGAAAACGAAACUUGAAAUUUGGGAGUUUUCUCCGUUUAUCAAUCCUUUUUCAUCAUUUGCGACUUUUCGAAGUUUUUUGGCCGCAUUGGGAAUGGCUAAUAGUGUCGAGUUCAAAAGACCGACACGAAGUUUAGCCGAUCCUUCGAACCGCGCGUAAGUAGUUUUCAGUCGGGCGCGUUUUAAGCUAUCAGUCAUUCAAAUAGGACCAGAUUACGGACUCCAGAACCCCAGAACGGCUCCUAUAAAGGGCAAGUUUAGGGACCCUUGAGCCCCCUUCUUCUCAAAGGGACACUUAUAGGGGUUUUUCUCUCCCACAACCCCUCAAGGGACCAUUCUGGCCUUUGUAAGGGGAAAAAGAGAAAAAAAAAACCUCAAAAAAUCCUAAUUUUUUCAAGUCGGCUCUUCUCGGCGGUUUCUACAAUUACUGUAUCGUUUGCGCUAUUUUUGGGAUCUGUACCUUGAUCCUCGGAAUUUGCAUGGGCGAUUUGGCCCAGGCGCCCAAAAGAUCCGUCGAAGUUGAUCGAAUGACGGAGUUCCUCACCAAACACGUCUUCAACACGAAUCAGGCGGCCAAGGUAGGAAAAUUGGGAAAACUGAAAGUUUUACAGUGUUGAAAAAGUAUUGGAGGGAAUAUGAAAGGAAAAGAAUAUUUUAUUGAAAAAUCGAGGAAAGUUUCUAGUUUGAUCGAUGUUUAAAAUCCUCAAAUUUGUGGUAGGAGAAGGGAAUAGUCCUUCUGGAAAAGUUCCGAUGGAUUUAUAGGGAAUUUCCGGUCGCAUUUGGAAUGGCUAGACGCGUCGCGGUCGCGUGUUAUUGAUUAUAAAGUUUAGAAAAUCGGGUUGAAAGAAAAUGACAAUGUUCUGAUAGUAGCUCCAGCUCUUAGAAAAAACAGCGUUUUCUGAAAAUUUGCAUCAAGAUUUUCCAACGCGUCGCGGUCGCGUUGCGGUUUUACGGCUCAAUUUUCUAGUUUCUCAAGCUCAUUUUGAAGCGUUUUCUGAAUAUUAAAGCAUUUAUAGUCUGUUCAGAUUUUAAAUGUCGAUGACGUCACUCCAAAAUGCUCUAUAGUCUCUGAUUGGUUUAUGGCGGCAUUAGGGGCGGAGCUUGAGCGACGGCUUGGGAUUUGAAAUCUCAACAGAAUAAUAUCAAAGCUUUAAGAUAACAUUAAGCGCGAACCGUUUCAAGGUCGGAUGCAAAUUUAAAAUUUUGAUUUUGUAAGAAGCUGAACAUGAAAAAAUUGACAUACAACGAUAACUUUUCCAUGGCGUUUUGAGUCGAUUUUUGUGAAAUUUGCCAUUUUUCCAACAUUUCGAAGCAAGUUUUCCUGAUUUUUCUGAUCUAGUUGUUCUUAACGAAAAUCGAUAAAUCAUUUAAUUUUUUUAUCACUGUAAAAAAAUUACAUUUCCAGGAGAAAAAUUGGCAAAUUAAUCGAAGGCAAAUACGUCUUUAACCCCGUUGAUGAACGGGAGUUGAUCAAUAAGAGAAAUGGUGAUUUCCAAAGUUUUUUUGAAGAAUUUUUUUAUUUUUUUAAGACAAUCGCUCAACGAUCAUGCUACUACUGCAGCAAGACGAAAUGAAAAAUCGGCGAAAAAAUAAGUAAAUUCUUGAUUUUUUGAUUACCGUAAUCUUAAAAAUAAUCGCUCCAGGACCAAAGCUGCAAAGAAAUCCUCAGAGGAGCGUUCAAAAGGUCCGAUGACGUCAAAAGAGUCUGGAACUGAUCAGAUGACGUCAUCAAAUGUCGAAAAAACGCUCCAAACGUUCCAAUCGGAGACUUCAAAAGCUACGAUGACGUCAUCAGCGGACACUUCUCAGAAGAAUGCUCCGAUGACGUCAUCUAGUGGUCCUAUGACGUCAGAGUUUACGAAGGUGCCAAUGACGUCAUCAGUUGAAGUUCCCAAGAAGAAAAAAACUCCAGCUGAACCCUCCAGGGGCCCCUUUAGAAAUUCACCGACGCCGAAAAAGAAGGAGAAGAAAGUGACGUCAUUUGAAGAGAAGAAAAAGUUGACGUCACCUGAAGAAAAGAAGAAAAUGACGUCAUCGAAGGAAAAGAAAAAGAAAGUGACGUCAUCCGAAGAAAAUAAAAAGAAAAUGACGUCAUCUGAAGAGAAGAAUGAAAAAAUGACGUCAUCUGGAAACCAGCCAAAAGUGGUCAAGAAAAAGAAAUGA